AUGAAAAGAUUUUAUUGGGCCGAGCGAGUGUCAUUCAGGCUAGUUUACGUUAUAAUUUUCUCCUUAUUAUUUUCUCCAUUUAUCUUCUAUUCGUGUUCCGCAGAUGAAAUAAAUUAUCAAGAUCUUCAAUUCAAUGGAUUUCAAAUCUCACAAUAUACCACUUAUGAUGAUGGAACAAUAUUACUUAGAAUUCGUCCUAAUAGUGAUGGGAAUUGUAGAGCAGAUUCUUUAUAUUUUCGUUUAAUAAGACCAGAUGGAUCAAUAUCUCCAAUUACUUUGGAUACUUCUUCUUAUAAUAUUUCUUCGCAAAAUUAUUGUUUUGUAAAUUCUGCUGUUGCUUUUAUAAGAGCUCCUUUAAUGGCACCGAGUUCUCCCAGUAAUACUCCUUUAUGGCAAAAGGUUUUAUUUUCAAAUGAUCUCACUUUAAAUACUAGUAGUAGUCUCAACGAUGGUAUAAGAGUUUAUGGAAUAGCUAGAAAUUAUAUACUAAUUUCAUUUUUAUGUGGAGAUUCAAAUAGUAAUGUUUGUGGGCUUGUAAUGGAUUGGACUGGAAAAGUUUUAAAUUCAAAUAUUAACCUUGGUAAUAAUUGUGAUGACGUAAAUAUUGCACAGAAUAUAAAUUCUAAUAUUGGGGGAUUUUUAUGGGUAUGUUAUAUGAGCUCAACUAGUCAAUUAGUAUGGAGAACAUUCGGUACUCCUGAUGCAACUGGAACAAUUAUCCCUAUAAAUCUUGGAAGGAUAAAUGGCAUAACAAAAUUUA